UUCACGUCACUGGAAUGUCACUGGUUCAGUUCAUAUUCAUUGUCUCACAUCUGUCAAAGACCACACCCUCUUCAUCGCCACCAUAUAUCAGGACGUAUCUGAUCUGGUCAACUAGUUUUCUAGAAGAUUGGAGAAGAAGUGCUGGAAGAUCUGCUUUGUUGCGUUUGGGUGAACACAUCGUCAACAUGAUGAACAGAGUUGUGAUUGGAGUCAUCGCUGUGAUCGGACUCUUCACUCUAAGUGAAGCUCUGAAAUGUAAUUCAUGUAAAGUUGGCAUUCUGGGCAAAUGCUUUUUCGGUUCACAGGUGGAAUGUGCUGCAUUAGAGACCAGAUGCGUCUCUGCUAAAGCAGAGUUCAACGUCACUGGGUUUCUGAGUCUGUCCACAAGCGGCUGCACUUCUGAUUGUAAUAACACUGCCGGGAGCGUCCUGGGUGCGGGAUACACCAUCACCAAAACCUGCUGCACCACAGACCUGUGCAAUGGAGCGAGCACCACACACAUGUCCAUGACUGCAGCUCUCAGCGCUGCUCUGCUGGCCUCCAUCUGGGGCAGUUACAUGUUGUAGAAAUAACACCUAACAGUCUGAACCGCAUUAUGUUCAGUUAGUUCCUUGAACCAGAUUCAAUGUGUAAUGAUAAUCUCAGUUUACAUCAGAGUUGGAUCUCAUAUGUGCCUGUAACAUUAUUGUAAUUUUUGACACAAUAUGCUUACCUUUAAUGCAAAUUGUAUAUAUUUGUGAAUCAGUGAUUACUUUUCUUUAACAAUUUGAAACAAAAUCUAACAAUAACUAACAUUAUAAACAUUUAAUAUUCAA